AUGGCGACCAAAUGGGCUUUGUUCAUCGCUCUUAUUCAGCUCACUGUUCUCUUAUGCGUCAACGCCGUUCGAGACUUUGACCGACGAAACGAUCUUCGAGCUGUGCCUCCGGUCUCUGAAUCAGGAUGGUCAGUUCCUCUCGUGGGCAAUGUGUCCUGCGACCCAAGCUCUGGCUCCUUGAGCAGACCUGGCGUGAACAAGACGCUGCAAGUCAUCGCCAUCGGACGUGGAAACUUCAACUACAGUUGCGGCGGAGAUCAUGCUCCAGCCAAUGCGCCAACCUUUGUCGAACAGUACACUCAGCUGUACGACGCGGCCGCUCUGGUCGCUGCGCUUCCGAACGAGAACUCCUUCCACGCCAUCAUCCCAGACUUCCUCGACUUUGACUACGAAAUGCUUGCCAACUCUAGUCUCGAAUGCAUGGGCAGCAUUGGCACACUCGACAACCUCGCCGUCAUCACCCUCUUCGACAUCGAUACAUUUAUGGUGUCACCAUACGAGUGGGUCUACCCACCGAGCAAUCCUGACUUCGAUGGACUCUGGUCUCACAGUGUGAGCGAAGGCUUCGAGUGGGAGGUGUACCGUGUGGAAAUGGCAGGAGGAUAUAUUCCAAGAACUUGUGCGGAUCAAAACGCCACCAUCUUUUCAGAGUAUGUUUCCGAGUACUGGUUCUACCGCUAG